UAUCGAUAGGCGUCGCCACCUGAUCUAAAGCUUACGCCAUCUUCGCUGCUGAAGGUGAAGAUGUUGUCCUCUGCAAGUUGCCGACUUUUACCACACAUUUCUCGGGCGACCAAGACUGUGAAGACCUGGUCAUGUACUUCAUAUGUAAUCCAGAGUAGACACUACUCAAAUGGAGAAAUGCAAGAUCUGGUCGUGAUCGGUUCUGGUCCAGGAGGCUAUGUUGCUGCUAUCAAGGCAGCUCAGUUGGGACUGAAGACCACCUGUGUUGAGAAAGACCCAACUCUUGGAGGGACCUGUCUAAAUGUGGGCUGCAUCCCUUCCAAAUCUCUCCUGAACAAUUCCCAUCUGUACCACAUGGCUCACUCCAAUGAUCUGCAGAACAGAGGGAUAGAGUUUGAUAAUAUAAGAUUAAACAUUGACAAAAUGAUGGAACAGAAGAGGGCAUCAGUGAAAGCAUUAACAGGAGGCAUUGCACAUUUAUUCAAACAAAAUAAGGUAACUCUAGCCCAAGGUUUUGGUAAAAUCAGUGGUGCCAAUGAAGUAACAGUGGUGAAAGAAGGAGGAGAGGAGGAGAAAAUUUCAACUAAGAAUAUACUGCUGGCUGUCGGGUCUGAAGUCACGCCUUUCCCUGGCAUUGAGAUUGAUGAAAAACAGAUAGUGUCAUCAACAGGUGCUUUGUCUCUAGAACAAGUUCCUGGUUCUAUGGUAGUAAUAGGAGCUGGAGUCAUAGGAGUAGAAUUGGGAUCAGUAUGGUCCAGGUUAGGGGCAGAUGUCACCUGUAUUGAGUUCCUGGGUCACAUCGGAGGACUGGGCAUCGACAUGGAGGUGGCCAAGAACUUCCAGAGAUCCCUCACUAAACAGGGACUCAAGUUCAAACUCAACACAAAGGUCACCCAGGCCGAGAAAGUGGGUGACAAAAUCAGGGUGUCCUUUGAGGGGGUGAAAGAUGGCAAAGGCGACCAGAUUGAGUGUGACACCCUACUAGUGUGUAUUGGAAGACGGCCCUUCACUAAGAACAUUGGCCUGGAUAGCGUGGGCCUGCAGCUGGACGAGAGAGGGAGAAUAGAUGUCAAUGACAGGUUCCAGACUUUAGUACCUAAUAUUUAUGCUAUAGGUGAUUGUAUCAAAGGUCCUAUGCUGGCUCACAAAGCUGAGGAUGAAGGUAUAAUCUGUGUUGAGAACAUCUGUGGUGGGGCAGGACAUCUGGACUACAACUGUGUUCCCUCCGUGGUCUACACACACCCAGAGGUGGCCUGGGUAGGCAAGACAGAGGAACAGCUGAAAGAAGAGGGUGUGAAGUACGCAGUGGGGAAGUUUCCAUUGGCUGCCAACAGCCGCUCCAAGUGUAAUAAUGACACAGAUGGCUUUGUCAAGGUUUUAGGUGACAAGGAGACAGAUAGGUUAUUGGGAUGUCAUAUAAUUGCUUCUGUUGCUGGUGAAUUAAUCAAUGAAGCAGUGUUAGCUAUGGAGUAUGGAGCAUCUUGUGAAGAUGUCGCCAGGGUCUGUCACGCUCACCCUACGGUUGCUGAAGCACUACGAGAGGCCAACCUAGCAGCUUACUGUGGGAAACCUAUCAACUUUUAAACAUACUUGGAAUGUACUUUUAACCUCCAGUUAAUGCUGCAGUGACUUUAUAGAAGAGAUUAAAACAGCAUAAUGAGGGAGUUGUCAAAGUUUUGGGAUUUGGUGUAGCUUUGAGAUGUGUGGAAGAUUUGACACAGUUGAAUAGUGAUUUGGGACUACUUUUUAUCUGUCACUGCCUCAUUAAUAAUGUAUGUUAGGAUACAAGGCAAAAGCAACAGAAGGAGAGAGUGAUGUGGAAAUACAAUAAGACUGGCUUUGUCGUGGUAUGACAAAACGAUAUUUGAUAAGCUCAAAAAGUGUACAUGGCUUGUUUAACACAAAGAUCCAGAAUUGUGACAUUAUUUCUCAUUUCUAAUAAAUGUUUAAAAAGACGGAACAAUCAAAUAACUUGUAUAGGAAAUGUUAAUCUCUCUGUUCAUCAGCUUUAUAUCCCAAGUUCUGCUAGUUCAAGUUCUUUGCAUGGUCAAACUGAUCAGAGCAUCAGUUACUGGUUUCUGUAAAGGUAUUAGUUCACUAAGAGAAUGUGAAAUACACUCCUUAAGAGUUAUAACACACCGCUAAUGUAUUUAUAUGUAUUUCUUUUCUGGAUUAAAGAGCAUUAUUUAUCAAA